AUGAAGAGUAAAGCAAGGGACAUUGAAGAGGGUAUCCGCGGUGCGAUUGCUGGUUGGUCUACAAAAUAUGAUGGUUGUUCUUCAAAAAAAGGAAAAGAAGUAUUUGGAGACCCUGGUUCUCAUUUUAAGCAGCUUCCGGAUCCCGUAGACUACAAAAAGAUUGGAGCUCCGACCAAAGAUGGUGACUCCUUUUGCACAAGGACAUGUGGCUGUCUUGGCACAUUCUUGUGGACGAUUCUUGGUUCCUUCAACCAAAUCAUAGGCCUGAUUGUAAUCUUUUUCGCUGUCUUGAUUACAACAUUUUGUUCCUUGCUCAACCCAUACCCAAAAAGAAGUAAAAAGUUUUCUAUUUUCUGUUGUUUUGAAACGAUCAUUGAUCGAGUUGUGAUGGCAAUCUGGAAGAUUAUUGGUAUUCCAUGGAUGAUGAUUCUUUUUUGCGAGCACAACGGUGAUGGUUGGGUUGAACUUUUAGAGAUUUGUACCAAGCAUAAUUACUUCGUGCUGACAUGGUGGCUAGAGAAUGAAUGGAUCCCGAAACUAGGCUAUAGAAGCGACAUCGCAGUUUUCAUUUUUGCAAGAGUCGGAAGGGCAAAUAAAGUAUCUAAGCUUUCGGGCGUUGAUGGCCCAGACGAGGAGACUCAAGCGCGAAGAGAAGUCUCCAUGAGUAUGGUGGAAGAGUUCCGUCGAGAAAAGCGGGACGUCGAUGCGCUUGAGUAUCUGAAGUCAUGUCAUGAAGAAGGAGCCGAUUUGAAUUGGCCCGAUCCAUAUGGCACCACUGUUCUAAGCGUGGCCAUUCGACGCUGUUAUGUUCAGUGUGUGAAUUGGUUGCUAGAACACGAUGACGCUGACCCGAACCGCCAAGACCACUACUACGGGAAUACAGGCAUGCACCUUCUUGUUUAUAGAACUUACACGCUUGGCGAUGGAAAGGCAGCUGCAAUGGUGCGGUUGCUCCUCGACACCAAUAGAUCUGACUUUACCAUUCUUAACUAUCAGGGCAGCACUCCUUACAUGAUGCUGGACGAUCCAAGCAAUUUUACAGAAUGUGCAAACGCACUAAAACCAAGACCUUCCUUUGACCAACUGAAAAAGCUUCUGAAGAAGAAGAAGAAAAGUGCCAGGCAGAAGUGCGAUGACAUCUAUAAGUUAAUCAGCAAAAGUCACAAUGGCGAUAGAAGCUUGCAUCAUCUUCAUGUGAUUGAUAUGCUUUUCUGUGCCAACGAAGGUUCGCACAAAGAGUUGGAGAGUCGACGGAAAACCAUCUUCGAUGACUUCUUGAAGCAGGUGUUGUUGCUCUCGACCCAAGAAGUCUCUGAUGACGACAAGCUAACCCAUGACGAUGUAGCACUUCUUCGUUGGAUGUAUUAUCAAUCAGCGGGCCCCCCUGGGACCACCAAGGAAGAAGCAAGAGGGGCCUAUAUUGAAGAGUUCAAUAAACUUCUUGAAGAUGCCCAAAAAAGUAUUGAAAAGCGGUAUGGCGAAGUCUACAAAUCAUUGGAAUCCGAAAAAGAGGCCGAUGAGUUUUUCGACAUUGGCCGUGAGCUGUAUUACACCGCCCCCAAACAAAAACUGAGACAUUCGACAUUCCUGCCUCUUCCUGACUUCAUCCGUAACCAAAAUGGUAUCCAAGCUGUUCGUGACUUGAAAGCAGUUGGUGCCAUCCAAAACUCUGGUGACUUUUGCGAUCUCCUCCAAGGUCGCCACCGACUGUUUGGUGAUCAGCCUCUCAUUGGAUUGUUCUUGGGCGACCCCAGAAAUUCGGCGCCUUAUUGGAGGAGUCUGUUGCUAAUCUGGCAGAUUUGUCUUCAAGAAAUUAUCAAGGAGGAGUUCGAAGAGAAGAUGAGCGCCAUAGCAGACAACGUCGAAGGUGUCUCAUUCAAGAGUGCUCCGGGCGUCAAAGGAUUCCUUCGAUCAUAUGAAAAGACAGAGGAAUAUGGCCAAGAAUUUUCGGAAGGUGUUGAUGCUUCGAUGAGAGUUAUUGAUGGACUUCGGUGCAGCUUCAUUGUUGAUUCGCUUUCUCAGAAUCUUCAAGUUGGCAAAUUGAUUGAGAGUACGUUUGGGGUAGCACGAACCAAGAAUCUGCACCAGCGUGGUAAUGUCAGGUAUGCGGAUCGGAAAUACAAUGUUGUGUUUGUGAGCGAUAGGAAAGUAGAUGGAGUCAGAGGCCCCAUCCAGGUGAUUUGCGAAGUUCAAGUAUUGCUUAAGAAAUACGACGCAAUCAAGGCGGAUGGACACUUGCUGUACGAGUUCCAGCGAGAGCCAGAACAAAAGGCGCCAUUGAAUCUUCGCUCAAUUGACAGAAACGUCGCCAAACUCUGUAAUUGUUUUGGUAUGUGCUGUGAACAUUUCUUGGACAAUUGUUUAGAUUGUCAAAUAUAA